GAAAUGAUGAGAUGAAAGGUGUCAACUUUUGACAAUAAGGCUAAAUCAUUGAAAAUAAGGAAUUUUCAUCAAACCUUAUCACUUUGCACGACCAUUAUUCUGAAAAACAGAGAGAAAAGAAAACCAAAAACCAUUUCUUGGCUGGUUUGAAGAAAUUCUAAGGAGAUCCAAGUGAAAGCAAAGCCAAAGAAGUAGAUUAAGCUUAGUUCUAGCCUUUUUAUGAUGGAUCAUGAACAUGGUAUGGGGGCUACUGAAGGCUCUUGCAGCAAUAAAUAUGAACAAGAAAUGGCUCAACUUCGAGCGGUGGUGAAUAGACAGGCUGAACAAAUUGAGAAGUUGUUAGCAGAACAACGACAAAGGCAAGCACCAACACCACCUACUGAAACUCCAACACCUCCACAAGCUCCACCUGCAGUGCACCCCAUGGAACCAUUAUAUGAACGGUUCCGAAAACAACGCCCACCAGUAUUUGAAGGUAGCACUGACCCACUUGACGCACAAGACUGGAAGAGUUCUUUAGAAGACAUCUUUGAGUUCAUGCAACUAAGUGACAGGGAAAAAGUUUCUUGUGCUGCACAUACACUUAAAAAGGAUGCUAAGAUCUGGUGGGAAGUGGUUAAGCAGACUAGAGAAGUGAAUCAGAUGACUUGGGCAGAAUUUGAACUGGUCUUCAAUGAGAAGUUUUAUAAUGAAGCUGUGUUGACUGCCAAAGUAAGUGAGUUCACUAGAUUGCAACAGGGGAAUCUAUCAGUGGCUGAGUACGCCAGGACAUUUGACCGGUUAGCCAAGUUUGCACCAGACUUGGUUAACACUGAAACUAGUAGAGUGAAUCGCUUCCUGGAGGGUCUACAACCAGAAUUGGCUAGAGAUGUAGAUAUGGGACGUACAGGGCCUCUUUCUUAUGCUCAGGCUGUGGAGAAAGCUUUGAGAGCUGAACAUAGAGAAGAAAAAAUAACAAAAGCUAAAGCUGCUACUAGCACGCCUCGUAGAGACACUCCAUUCAACAAAGAACAAAGCCGCUUUCACAAUGACAACAAAAGAGGGGCCCAGAAUUUCCAAUUUAGACAAGGACAGAAUAAGAAAUUUAAAGGAGGUCAGCAAAACAGGCAACCUGGAUUCCAACAAAUGCCACGAUGUCAAACUUGUGGAAAGAAUCAUUUCGGGGAGUGCAGGCUUCUAACUAAGAGCUGCUUCAAAUGUGGCAAGGGGGAUCAUUUUAUCAAAGAUUGUCCAUUGAUGAAGAACCAACAAAUGAAGGAUGAACCUCAGAGGACAAAUGCUAGGGUGUUCACGAUUACUCAGGCUGAUGCUGAUACCAACAACUCUGUUGUGUCAGGUGAUAUUUUUGCAUCUGGUAUUCUCACUCAUGCAUUAAUAGAUUCAGGUGCCACGCAUUCAUUUGCAUCAUUGACAUAUGUAAAAAGGUUGGGUGGAUCGUGUGAAAAAUUGUCAGAAGUUUUUAGUACAAUGUUACCAUCUGGAGAGAUUCUGUAUUCUACUCAUUGGUUGAGGGGGGUUCCUAUUUGCAUUGAUGGUAGGGAAUUAUAUGCUGAUCUAAUAAUGUUAGAGAUGGCCGAUUAUGAGGUGAUUUUGGGUAUGGAUUGGCUUUCAAAGUAUAAUGCCACUAUUGAUUGUAGAAGGAAAACAGUGAUAUUUAAGCCUUCGGAGGAAGAUGAGUUUAUGUUUACUGGAGCGACAUCGAAAGGUUGCAUUCCAUUAAUUUCUGCUAUGAAGGCCAGGCGACUGUUGGAAAGUGGAUGUGUGGGUUAUCUCGCCAGUGUGGUUGACACGUAUAAGGAGCAAAAGUUAAAACCGGAAGAUGUACCGGUAGUUAGAGAUUUCUUAGAAGUAUUUCCAGAAGAUUUACCGGGAUUGCCUCCAGACAGAGAAAUUGAAUUUGUGAUUGAGCUACUUCCUGGUACAGCCCCUGUGUCCAAGGCACCUUAUAGAAUGGCACCAGCAGAACUAAAGGAAUUAAAGAUACAGUUGCAAGAACUCCUGGAUAAAAAGUUUAUCAGGCCUAGUUUUUCACCAUGGGGAGCUCCGGUGCUAUUUGUGAAGAAAAAGGAUGGGACGAUGCGAAUGUGUAUUGAUUAUAGAGAAUUGAACAAGUUGACAAUCAAGAAUAAGUAUCCACUUCCUAGAAUUGAUGAUCUUUUUGAUCAAUUACAAGGAAGAUGAGUGUUUUCAAAGAUUGAUUU